CUGCGUUGCUGUGGUAACUGAGGUGUAAACAAAAGGUUCCACCAGUCGGACCAUGAUGAAGAAGAAAGGGAAAAAGGGAAAGAAAGCAAAGACGAAGAGUGGCAAGGAUGGGAAGUCAGACGGAAAAGGGGAAAAAGAGUCUGAACUGGAGAGGGCCAGAGCGAAUGCCGCCCUUUGGGAAACCCGGCUGGGCAUCACCGAGAACUCACGGCUGGAGUACCGCGAGGCGGCCCACAGACUUGCCCGCGCCAACGAAGAGCUGACUUGCCAGCAGUAUCGGGCGGAGAAAGAGACGGUGGACAUCAUCGCAUUCUUGAAAAAGAAGGAAUCAGAGAAAGAAGCCAGGAUUUCAGAGCUUGAAGAUGAACUUCAACAGCAGAAAACAAAGGCAGCGGAGGAGAAAGACCAAAUCGUUAAGGAAUACACUGAUGUAAUCAAUGAAAUGGAGGAGAAAUUCAAGAAGAGACUGAGUGAGUUUCGCAUGAUCCAGGGAGAGCUGAAGACCAUCAAGGAGUUUCGCAAGACGAAAAUCGCAAUGGAACAAGAACUUACCAAUAUCAGAGAAAAUAUGACCAUACAAGAGCGGGAACACCAACAGAUGCUAUCGAGAAUGGAGCACAAGUUUUUCACUGAAAAGGUUCGGCUGGAGAAGGAGGCGGAGCAGAGGAUUGCCCAGUUGGCAGAGCGCGCCCACAAUGAAGCUGUCGUACAACUAGAUGAAGCAUCUUGCUCAGUGUUCAAGGAGAACGUGCGUCUGAAUCAGGCUCUGGGCUACCACAUACAGGAGGUGGCCCACCUGAGGGAGAGAGGAGAAACCCUGGAGGAGGAGAACUCUGAACUAUUGCUGCACAAGGACACAAACCAGCUGAUGAUACAGCACAACAUCGGCAGGAUCUCCACCCAGAAGAAGGAGCUGUUUGACCUGCGCUCCAAAGUCAAGGUGCUGGAGCGCGCGCUGCAGGUGAUGACGAGCCAGUUUGAGCGGGAGAAGAUCGCCAUGGAGCAGCGGACGCUGGUCACCUCCCAGAGCAACCUGAGCGAGCUGGAGAAGGCCCAGAAGCUGGUGGGCCACCAGGAGCGGGAGCUGGCGCGCCACAAACGCCUCUCCCAGACCCUCCUGCAGCAGCGCACCGAGCUGGAGCUCUUCUUCCACGGCGCCCUCGAGCAGGUCAAGAAGGAGAUCCUGGCGAACCGCCUCCUCUACAGGCAGGAAGCGCUUGAGGCCUACAAGCGGAGGAUGAGUGAGGCGCGGCUGGGGAAAGAGGAGUAUCCACGCAUACGCACCUUCAGCAGGAAGCCCAACAGCACCAACAGCGUCUUUGCCGACCUGGAGGAGGCCGAGAAGUGGACUAACAUGCCGAGUGAGAAGGUGGACAUCUCUCAGCUGACCUGGGAGCAGAAGGAGAAGGUGCUCAGACUGCUCUUCUCCAGGAUGAACAGCCAGAAACACAGCAAAAUCCACAGCAAGAAGUCAGCCCUAUCCCUGACCGCCUCAAGUGAACAGGAACCACAGAGCAGGGGCUCAGGAGUGACCGAGGAGUUUGUCCAGCACACUUUCAUCACCCAGGCUCCAGUGCCCAACCUCACCGCCACUCAGCCAGAAGUGCCCACUGCCUGAUUGGUGGUGACCCAGGACUCACCAUUCCAGAACCUUCUCAAGUCAACAUUCUACAUUCUACAUCACCAUGGCAGCAUCGUUACACUGGCAAUCACCUGGUUGCUUCCCUUGCAAAUGUGCUUUCAUUAAUGUUUGGAGGAUACUGCUAAAGCUAAAUGAUCUAAAAAGCUCUAUGAACUCAACCAAUCAAAAAAAUAAAUUCUAUCUGUUA